AUGAACGAUGAACAACGAUCUUUGAGUUUACAAAGCGAGAUUAACAAGGAUGGCACGGCCCGCCUUAGCGGCCUCGGCAUAGACGCGAGAGAGGAGAGAAAAGACAUGAGCAGACAAAACAGAACGAUGAAGCUGCUUCAAUUACCCCUUGAAUUAGUUCAGAUGAUUGCUGAAGCCUUAGGGAAUGAAAAUGAUAUCAAUGCGCUUGUCCAAACAUGCCGUCACCUUCACCAAAGUCUCAAUGUCUUUCUCUAUCGCUACAAUGUACGCAACUCCGAAAGCUCAGGACUAGUCCACGCCGCGAAUGCCGGAAUAGAAACAGCAGUUAAAAGGUUACUUGAUGAAGGGGCCGAUCUCCACACUUGGUAUCUAGAGCCACCGCUAGUUCUAGCAGCAAUUAACGGACAUUUGGGAGUGCUCAAACUCCUGAUAGAUAAGGGGGCUGAUUUGUCCGCCUAUGAUACCCCCUAUCAUCGCACAGCUCUAUUUUGGGCAGUAGUAUAUGAUAAUGAAGAAGUAACAAAAUUUUUACUCGAUAAAGGAGCCGACCCCGACGCGUUGGAUACAGAUGGCUGUUCUCCGUUGUUCGCAGCAAUAGAGGAAGGAAAGAUAGGAAUGGUCAAAUUAUUACUCGAGAAUGGAGCCAAAAAAAAUAUCAUAAAUGAAAAUGAAGAGACUCCCCUAACAAUAGCUGUGGAAAGCGGGAAUGAAGAGAUUGUUAGGCUCUUACUUGAGAAAGAUGUUGAUCUAGAGUUUAUAAAUGACCCCGAAAAUACCCCCUUAGCUCUGGCGGCUGAAUAUGGAUAUCUGGAAAUAGUCAACAUCUUGCUGCAGAAAGGAGCAUCUACUGAGGUUGUCAAUGAUAAUGGCCUUAGCCCUCUAUCUGCCGCCACAGAAUCGGGACAUGUGGAAAUAAUGGAACUUUUGCUAGAGAAUGGAGCUGAUAUAGAGUUCCGGGAUAGUGACGGCAGCACACCCUUAGCCAUUGCAGUAGACAGUCUGCAGAUGGGGGCCGCUAAAUUACUGCUGGAUAAGAAAGCGGACAUAGAGUCCAGGGAUUUUACUGGCGGUUCCCCUUUGGCCGUGGCAGCAGGAAAUGGAAAACAUGAAUAUACCAAGUUACUGCUUGAGUAUGGGGCCGACAUAGAAUCUCGAGAUUUAACUGGCGACACCCCGCUAUCGUUGGCAGCAAGAAAGGGAAAUUUGGAGUCUGCUACGCUACUUCUUGAUAACGGAGCUAAUAUAGAGAACCUGGAUGAAUAUGGCCAAACUCCGUUACUUGUUGCAACAUUCUUUGGGUAUAUUGACCUGGUUAACUUUCUACUUGAUCGCAGGGCUUCUAUCGAUGUCAAAGAUAAAUUUGGUCGAACUCCGUUAUCCCUUGCAAUUUCAAGGGGUAAUAGGGAAUUACGCGAUAUCUUAGUGGAAAAGGGGGCUAUCCGUGACGAUGGAGUCUGA